CUGCGUUGGUUACCCCGUCCACCAUUUUGAGAUUUGAGGCACCGUGGCUAGCAAUUCUUCCGCGGUAAUAGUAAAUCUCCAUUUUGAAACAUGUCUGACCAGCUAUGUAAACUGUUUGUCGGCGGCCUCAACGUUGACACCGACGACGACGGGCUUCGCAAACACUUUGAGCAGUACGGCUCGCUCACCGACUGCGUGGUGGUGGUCAACAAGCAGCUCCAACGCUCCCGCUGCUUCGGCUUCGUCACCUACUCGACGCCGGAGGAGGCCGACGCAGCUAUGAACGCUAGGCCGCACACCGUCGACGGCAACACAGUCGAGGUGAAGCGGGCCAUGUCGCGAGAGGAUGCCAACAAACCUGAAGCUCUCGCCAAGGUGAAAAAAAUCUUCGUGGGUGGACUGAAAGACGACAUCGAAGAGGAACACCUCAGCGAGUAUUUCUCCCAGUAUGGCGAAAUCGAGAAGUCGGAGGUAAUCUCCGAGAAGGACACUGGGAAGAAGAGGGGCUUCGGCUUCGUGUACUUCAACGACCACGACGCCGCCGACAAGGCCGUCGUGAUUAAGUUCCACACCAUCAACGGACACAAAGUGGAGGUAAAGAAGGCUCUCACCAAGCAGGAGAUGCAAGCGGCCAACAGGGGCGGCAUGUCCCCGAGAGGAAGAGGCGGCCGAGGCAUGCGGGCUAACCAAAAUGGCUACGGCAGUAGAGACUAUGGCGGAAACUACAGCUACGGAAAUGGCGGUGGAGGCUACAACAGCGGCGGAGGCUACGGGGGCUACGGCGGACAUUACGGGGGUGGCUACGGCGACCAGGGCGGCUACGGUGGCGGCAACGGCUACAGCGACUUCGGCAGCGGCUACGGCCAACAAUCCUCUGGCUACGGUCCUAUGAAGGGACCCUUCGGCGGCCAGCGGAACCCAGCCCCCUACUCACGCGGCGGCGGUGGCGGCUACCCCAGGGGGGGCUACAGCGGCUACGUUGCAAUGGUAACCUGGGCAAAGGAGAAGGCAAAAGACCCCCCUAAUGUGCCGGUGCGGAGCAGAGCCGGCUGGUGCAUGGUGCAGUCUUCUCAGAUUGUGGUGCUCAAGGAGAUUCGACAUCAUAACAAUCUUCUUUUAAUGACAAUCUUUUUUAUAUAUCUGAGAAUAAAUUAUGACCAAUACAUUGAUGUCCUUAUAAGGAGAGGGACGGUGUGUCGCACCUUCCCUAGCUCGAAUCUAGUCAUGUCGUCCAAACUUACAAAGCUUUUUGUCGGAGGUCUGAACGUGGAGACGACGGACGAUGGCCUCCGUGGCUAUUUCGAGCAAUUCGGCACCCUCAGCGACUGCGUGGUGGUCAUGAACCAGAUGCUAGGUCGCUCGCGCUGCUUUGGCUUCAUAACCUACACAACAGCGGAGGAGGCCGACGCAGCAAUGGCGUCCAGGCCACAUGUCGUUGACGGCCGCAACGUGGAGCUCAAGUGGGCCGUGGCCCGGGAGGAGGCAAGCAACACAGACGCGUCGUCCAACGUCAAAAAGAUAUUUGUUGGUGGUGUCAAGGAUCAUCUGGAGUCCGAGAACCUCAGCGACUACUUCGCUCAGUACGGCGCGGUGGAGAAGGCCGAAAUCAUCACCGACAAGCUGAGCGGUAGGAAGCGGGGCUUCGGCUUUGUCUUCUUCGAGGACAGCGAGUCUGCCUCCAAGGCUGCGCUCACCAAGUUCCACACUAUCAGCGGCACUAAGGUGGAGGUGAAGAAGGCCAUGAGCAAGCAGGAGAUGUCCGGCGGAGGUCGAGGUGGCGGUGGCCGCGGUCGCGGCAGAGCAAUGUCGAAUUACGGCGGAGGAAGAGGAGGCGGUUACGGCUCGAGCAGCUACGGCGGGAGCUACGGAGGUGGCGGCGGCGGUUACGGUGGAGGAAGCUACGGCGGCGGCUAUAGUUCUGGAGGCUACGGUGGGGGCUACGAAGACUACGACAGCGGCAUGAGUGGCGGGUAUAGCAACGGGGACUUCGGGGAGGGCUACGGACAGCAGCACUCCGGCUACGGCGCCAUGAAAGGGGCAAGCGGCUACGGCGCCAUGAAAGGGGGAAGCUAUACCUCAUUUCGGAGCGGUGCCCCGUACAGCAGAGGCGGCUAUAGCCGGGGAGGAGGAGGAGGAGGAGGCGGCUACGGAGGCGGCUAUUAAAGUUCCCUCCACUUUUGAUACGGUCACGGGAGUGGAGUGGGGGUGAAAAGGGGGUUCAGACUUCCAGAGAACUUGAAUACAUACCACCACGGAGGCGGUGGGUAAGGGGGGUUCUCCUCUUCUGAGUUUGGGAGAAGUGUCCAUCCCCCCCGACGAAUGAAUGAGUCUACCCACCAUUAACCUCCUCCCCGUCCAUCGUGUUCCUCUUCACGGACGCUACUACUACAACAGAAUUGUGAAUUAUUGAUGAAACAUUGUCAUUCGCUCUGUGUGAUUACGGACACGUUUGUCACUUUUUCUUGCGUCUGAUUGUUUUUGGUUUUCUUUCCUGAGUUCUCUCAGGGUUUUUAUGUCGACUUGUAGGCAGCGUGACAGUUGAAUCGCUUGACUUUGUGUUUCUUCCCUCUGAAGCAGACAAACCCUUCCCCCCCCUGUCAGCUUUGAUUUAAUGUUUGUUUAGAUUAAAACUGUUCUGAAAUCCUGUUUAGCACAUACAUAUGUUUGGUUUUAUUAAAGUUUUUAAUGUUCGGAAAA